CAAGACGCCAUGGCCGACGACUAUCGCGAAGAUGACGUCGUUGAAGAAGAGGAGGAGCUGGAUGAGGCGGUAUAGAGCUAGGUUUUAAAUCAGUGAGAGAUGCUGUCCUUUUUGCCAUUGAAGUUAGCGAUUCGAUGCUUCAGCCCCGUCCGUCUGCAGACCCCAAAAGACAGAGUUAUGAGUCGCCCGCCACGGCUGCGUUGAAGUGCGCAUACCAUCUUAUGCAGCAGAGGAUUAUCUCCAACCCCCGGGACAUGAUAGGAGUACUGCUAUAUGGAACAAAACAAUCUAAAUUCUAUGACGAGGACGAGAAUAGUCGCGGUGACUUAACAUACCCUAAUUGUUACCUCUUCACGGAUCUUAAUAUCCCCUCAGCGCACGAGGUUCUGGAACUUCGGUCGCUGGUUCAGGAUGAAGAAAAUGCGAAGAAAAUACUCGAACCGUCAAAUGAGCCUGUUUCUAUGGCCAAUCUACUGUUCUGUGUCAAUCAGAUAUUCACCUUAAAAGCGCCCAACUUCUUAUCGCGACGACUGUUCAUAGUUACUGAUAACGACAACCCUCACGGAGACAACAAAUCUUUCCGUUCUGCGGCAACUGUGAGAGCGAAAGAUUUGUACGAUCUUGGCGUUACAAUUGAGCUGUUUCCAAUCUCUCAGAUAGAGCAUGAAUUUGACACCUCCAAAUUCUAUGACGAUAUUAUAUACAAAGCCUCGCCCAACGACCCUGACGCCCCUGCCUAUCUAAAACCUGAUGCGAAGAUGAAUGAUGCCCAAGAUGGUAUCUCAUUACUCAACGGUCUCCUGUCAAGCAUCAACUCUAGAUCUGUGCCGCGCCGUGCGCAGUUCUCAAACAUGUCCCUCGAGCUCGGACCAAACUUCAAAAUCUCAGUAUCGGGUUAUAUUCUCUUCAAACGUCAAGAGUCGGCGAGAAGUUGUUAUGUGUGGCUCGGCGGAGAAAAACCACAGAUUGCAAAGGGGGUUACUACACAGAUUGCGGAUGAUUCGGCUAGGACAAUUGAGAAAUGGGAGAUUAAAAAGGCAUACAAAUUCGGCGGGGACCAGGUUUGCUUCACCCCUGAAGAACAAAAGUCAUUGAAAGACUUUGGCGAACCGGUAAUCCGAAUUAUUGGCUUCAAGCCCUUGUCUACCCUUCCUUUCUGGGCCAACAUCAAACACCCGUUAUUUAUUUACCCAACAGAGGAAGACUAUGUGGGUUCCACACGAGUAUUCUCGGCUUUGUAUCAGAAGCUCUUGAGAGAUCAGAAAGUUGCGCUUGUCUGGUACAUUGCACGCAAAGCUGCUAGUCCAGUUCUUGGUGCAAUGAUGGCUGGUGAGGAGAAGGUUGACGAGAAUGGCAUUCAGAAAAUACCCCCGGGCAUGUGGAUUAUACCGCUCCCCUUUGCGGAUGAUGUUCGACAGAACCCUGAAACCGCCCUUCAGGUUGCGCCAGAGCCACUUAUCGAUCAGAUGCGAACAGUCAUCCAGCAGUUGCAACUUCCAAAGGGCGUCUAUGACCCUCAGAAAUAUCCGAAUCCAUCACUUCAAUGGCAUUACCGCAUCCUACAAGCGCUGGCGCUGGACGAAGAUGUCCCUGAGAAGCCCGAUGAUAAAACAAUACCUAAAUAUCGACAAAUCGACAAGCGCGCUGGCGGCUACGUCUUGGACUGGGCUGAUGAAUUAGAAAAGCAAUACGCGAAGAUAACCGCCGAUCAACCCAAGAGUACCACGCUUGCGAAACGACCUGCAAAAGCAGAUAACCCAGAUAAAGCCGCUCCGCCGGCGAAGAAAGUCAAGGCUGAAGCUGGGUCUGGCAACAUACAGGAUGAAGUCCAGAAACAUUUUGAGCAGCACACAUUGUCCAAGCUCACUGUGGCUACCCUCAGAGAUUUCCUUGCAUCUCAGGGCCGUGCCACUGCGGGUAAAAAGGCAGAGCUGCUGGAGCGGGUGGAGGAGUUACUUGAGACGAAGUUCUAG